AUGGCGAACGCGCUGCCACGUCGAAUCACCAAGGAGACGCAACGUCUGAUGGCCGACCCGGUGCCUGGCAUAUCGGCUGUUCCGGACGACAAGAAUGCGCGCUACUUUCACGUGAUAAUUGCGGGGCCGGAAGGAAGUCCGUUUGCUGGUGGUGUCUUCAAGCUGGAGCUCUUCCUCCCAGAGGAAUAUCCGAUGGCGGCGCCAAAAGUGCGCUUCAUGACGAAAAUUUACCAUCCGAAUAUCGAUAAGCUCGGCCGAAUCUGCCUGGAUAUUCUCAAGGACAAGUGGUCGCCGGCGCUCCAGAUUCGCACCGUGCUGCUCUCGAUCCAGGCCCUCCUCUCAGCCCCAAAUCCGGACGAUCCGCUGGCCACCGAUGUUGCGGAGCAGUGGAAGAACAACGAGAGCGAUGCGAUACGCACGGCCCAGGAAUGGACCCGUAUCUAUGCUACUGGUAAUUAA